AUGGAGUCCGACGCAGUUACCAGAUAUCGUUCGCGCAUUCUUAGGGAAAUGAAGGCCAGCCGCGAGAAUCCCUUCGACUCCCCGCCCUCGUCCACCGGCCGCGCGAGCCCGACGCUGUCCUCCGUCUUCUCCGACCCCGAGGGCGAGUCCACGCGCCGGCUGCAGGAGGACAUUGCCCGCGUCGCCGCCCCCCGCAAGCUGCCCGUCAACUGGGACGCCGCCCGCCGCAAGUGGCCCGACUUCUACGCCCAGCCCAAGCAGACCCGGCCCGUCUUUGACGACCACACGGACACGACGCCCCUGGCCGAGAUCCCGCACCCCAACAUCGACAGGAAGCCCGCGCCGCCAGUGACCAAGUACAUUGACGACACCACCGAGGACGCGUGGAACGGCUCUAAGAGGACCCGCGCCGAGAUGCAGCCACGCGUUGAAAACGACCCCGAUCUCUCACAGAUUGUCUCCCGCCCACCUGUUACUAGAGGCCUCUCCACGUACGGCUUCAACUACGCAGCUCCCCACAACCCCAGCCCCUUAUCCAAGAUCCACAACCAGUCUCCUCCGAGAGAAGAGGCUCCCGAGAAGCAACGACACAUGUCUCUCGAGGAAGCGCUGGACAAGAUUCGUAGGGCGGCGUCCAACAACCGCGAGGACGACCGGCGAGUUUCUUCCCACAACCAGAGUUCUCCCAACAUGUCCUCUGCGAAAUCCAGCUUGACGGCGGUGCCUCCUUCGCCAUCGCCUGUACUGGCCAGCCCGGAACAUGACACACCGAAUGCCCGCUCAUUAUUGAUGCCGGAUAUCUCUCACCUUGACGACUUUCUCACCGGCACUCUGAAAUUUAACGGACAAGUGAAGGAUGGCGUGCCGGUCCUCGUGAAGCACGGCCAGGUGCAUGACCAGAAGGUGAAGCCCUUCGGCGUGCGGUACGCAGAGGUGGACGGUAUCAAGUUGCCCGAGGAUGAGGAGAAGAUUUUUGUGUCGAUUGAUAUGAUCCGCGACGAGAUCCUUUCUCUUCGGGAGCAGCACGAGAAGCUCCAGCAGUAUUCUGCCACUCUGGAGAACGAGGUACAAAGGCACAGGUCGCGUAAGAGCACAGACGGGGGGCUCAGCGUUUUUAAUGCAAACGAGCAGCUCUUGGCAAAGAAGAAUGAGCUCGAAGCCGAAGUGGCAUCUCUUCAGAAACGACUGGACCAGGCGGCGCGCCGUAUCAGCACCGGUCAUCAGGAGAACGACACCCUGACUCAGGAGCGAGACCGCGUUAUUAGUCGCCUACAGGAGGCUUGCGAAGACAUCAGCAAGCUGACACGGAAGCUUAACACUACGGAGAAGCAGCUCGAAAACACUCACAAGCAGCUCGGAUCGACCGAGCAGAUCCGCCAGGACAACGACUCUCUGCGCCGAGAUGUCACGGCGCUCAAGCAGGACAAUGAUGCUCUUCGAGAAGAAGUCGAGGCGCUACGGCGCGAGCUGCAGCACUACCGUCAAGAAGCCCAAUCGCUGCGUACCGACGGCAAGGGCCUUCGGCAGGACCAGCAAACACUAGCCAGCGAGAACAGGACGUUGCGGACCAACAACAAGACACUAAUGGACGAGAACGAGGAUCUUCAGGAGAACAUGGAUGGCAUUCAACAGGAGCUCGAGGCCGCUCGGGAGGAAAACGAGGCGCUCCGGCGAGAGCUCCAGUCGUUGAAGCAGAAGCAAGCGACUCUGCGCGAAGACAAUGCAAACCUGGUUCGGCAAAACGAGAAAUACUUUAGCGAGAACAAGAUCCUCCGCCGUGAGAAUGCUGGCUUCGAGCACAGUGUCCAUGACCUGCAUGAUCGAAACCUCAAGCUGAAGGAAGAGAUUGAGGCUUUGAAAAGGCAGCUGGAUCACUACCGACCGUCUGGCAAGAGCGAACCCACGCGCCAGGAUGGCGAGACGGAGGAAAACAUGACAUCUGCCUUCUUUGUUCCCGACAUCACCGUCAGGUCGAACGACGACGCCACCGACACCAAGGACAUGCACGACUUGCCCGGAACGACAAGUGCUCACGAAUCUGGAAGCCGAGAGAGUAGGACCGCGCAGAAACGUGAGGCAGCUGGUGAGAAAGCCGAUGGGAGACACCGAUCUAGGAGUAGUGUCAGGUCAUCACCCUCGAAGAACGGCGGCACCGCUCAAAAGGUCGCCUUUGCCCUUCCCGACAAGGCCGCCGAAAAGUCGACGCAAGGUUCCAAGUCUACGGUGGCCAACCAAGGCAGCAAGCGUCGCAGCCGGCUCUCGGUUCCAGACUUGGAUCCCUAUGGCGACGAAGAUACGACCGGCAUGCUGUCCAUGGAUAACAUCUCUCAGGAUCUCGCCAUUUCCCUCAACUUGAAUACCACGGACCAUAGGGACGGAGCCAUGGGCAAAGAGACGAAACAGGCACGCAGCAGCAGCGGCGCCAGGUCGGCGCCCAAGGUUGUGCACAUUGAGUCCAAGUUCCAGCCGCCCAAGAGGACGGUCCUGGCUGCCGAGACGGGUGUGCGAACCGUUAGGAUUGGCGAGCGAGAUGUGUGCCCGGCGCUGUCGAAUAAUGCCCGACGCAUCCUGGACGAUCUCUGCGGGCACAACUGCCAGAACUGCACCGUCUGCAGCCGCAUCACGGCCCACUCGGGCGUCAUCUCCUCGACCGACGUGGCCGCCGGCAAGAAGCGCGUGUCGAUACCGCGGCCCGUUCCUGUCAGCGAUCGCGGCGUCUCGGGAGGCGACCACACGGUUCGGCCGGCGCACUCUCCCGGCUAUGCUCUGGCCCUGGUGAUCAAGGGCCUGGAAGACGAGUCGCAGCACAUCCAGCUGGAGCUGACCCGCCUGCAGGCUCGAUACAAUAAGAGCGACAAGUCGAUGGGUCGUCGGGAGCGGCAGGCGCUGUCGGAGGCGAUUCACCAGCUGCUGAAGCGCGUCGAGGCCAAGAAUGACCAGAUUUACAGCUUGUACGAUGUGCUCGAGGGGCAGAAGGCUGCCGGCCAGGAGAUGACGGACGAGCAGGUGGAGAUGACGGUUCUCAACAUUACGGGCAUGACUGUGCGAGACGCCACGAGCGUGAGUGACUUGACGUGGGAAGGGCUCGCGGAAGCUUGA